AUGGCUACCAAUCUCACGACCACCCUCGCCCCCCCAGGCGGGCUGAUCACCUCGACCAUUUCCUCCACGCGAACGGACACCAUCACCGCGUGUCCCUCGCAAAGCACCCAGUGCCCAGCCUCCGAGAAAACAACCUUCACCUCCGAGGCCGUCAUUGUCACCACGACCGUCUGUCCUUCCUCCGAAGCGGUCCCCUCGCCCAGCGAGACCGCACCCCCCGUCGUGCAUCCGCCUCCCCCGGCAUCCAGCGUGCCCCCCGAGGUGAUUCCGCCGCCCCCGGCCCCCAUCAGCUCCUUUAUACCUUCGCCCGUGGUGCCCUCUUCAGUGCCCCCCGUGGUGGCGACGAGCGUCGUGCCUGCGCCUCCGGGGCGGGCCUCGCCCGUCUUCACUGGUGGCGUUGACAGGCAGUCUCCCUCCUUCAAGAUCUCGGCCAGCCUUUUCGUCUUGUGCUCCGUUUUCCUCUUCAACUUUAUCUUCAUUUGA